UCACAAGCAGCGACUGGUCACUCUGAGUGUUCACAUCAAUUUUGAGUUAUUGUGAACAGCUUUAAAAAAUGGUCCAUGUGUUUGUUUUGUUCUGUUUGUGCUGGUUGUGUCUUGUUGGCGUGUUUGGUGCGGAGACAGAGUCAGUGUCAGUGAUGGAGGGAGAUUCUGUGACUCUACGCUCUGACACCGAAAUACAAAAAGAUGAUCUGAUACUAUGGAGAUUUGGAACUGAAGACUCUCAUUUGGCUGAAGUCAAUAGUUCAGCCCAGAUCAUUUCUAUAUCUGGAAGUACUGAAGGAUUCAAAGACCGAUUGCAUUUGGACCCCCGGACUGGAUCUCUCACUGUCAGGAACAUCAGAACCAACCAGUCUGGAAUUUAUAAAGCACAGAUCAUUGGACGUAAGGUGUCAAUGAAAAUGUUCAAUGUCACGGUUUAUGCUCAUCUUCCUGUUCCUGUCAUCACCAGAGACUGUUCUUCAUCAUCAUCAUCAUCAUCAUCAUGUUCAUUGGUGUGUUCAGCUGUGAAUGUGAGUCAUGUGACUCUCUCCUGGUACAAAGGAAACAGUUUAUUGUCCAGCAUCAGUGUGUCUGAUCUCAGCAGCACUGUCUCUUUACAUCUGGAGGUGGAAUAUCAGGAUAAAAACACCUACAGCUGUGUGCUGAACAAUGCCAUCAGCAACCAGACUCAACAUCUCAACAUCAGUGAACUCUGUCAGAUACGUUCAGACUCUGACUGUAUCUGCUGUUGUGAUUCUACUAAAGCUGUGAUCCAAUUGGUCCUCUCUGCUCUGGUGGGUGUGGCUACUGUUGUUGUUUUGUGUUUUGACAUCACAUCCAGAAGAGCUGAACAGAAAAGAACUCAGAAAUCAACAUCAGUCAAACUCUGAUUCUCUAUUAAAACAACAAUCAUCUAUUUUUUUUUUUUUUAUCAUUCUGAUUUUGCUUCUCUUCCUCUCUUUCUGAGCAUUUUGGAUUGUUUUUUUGUUUACAAAGGAAUAAAAUGUAUUUUUAUAUGCACUUGAGUAUAGAACUUGAGUAUAGACAGUGUGUUUUGUGCUGAAAAUAGCUUUUUCUAGGACACUGAAGUCUGUAUGAAGCCGUUCAUCUCAUGUGAGUGUCAUAUUAUAAAUCAAGUGUUCUUUAGCUACCUAAUGUAUAAGACCUUUUAAAUGCAAAAUAAUUAAAGAAUAAGCUAUUAAACAUAAAAUACAAAAUA